ACUGCGCGCCCGGAGCCCCGUUCCGCGUCCCCGCCGCCGGGAGGAGGUGCCCGCACGCUCGCGGCGCGCGCCGGGCCGCCAGACUCGGCCUGUGGGCGAUUUCCUCCGGACCCGAGCUCUCCGCCCGAAGAGGAAGAUGCAGACCUUUCUGAAAGGGAAGAGAGUUGGCUACUGGCUGAGCGAGAAGAAAAUCAAGAAGCUGAAUUUCCAGGCCUUCGCCGAGCUGUGCAGGAAGCGAGGGAUCGAAGUCGUGCAGCUGAACCUCAGCCGGCCGAUCGAGGAGCAGGGCCCCCUGGACGUCAUCAUCCACAAGCUGACCGAUGUCAUCCUCGAAGCCGACCAGAACGACAGCCAGUCCCUGGAGCUGGUGCACAGGUUCCAGGAAUACAUCGAUGCCCACCCCGAGACCAUUGUCCUGGACCCCCUUCCUGCCAUCAGGACCCUGCUCGAUCGGUCCAAGUCCUACGAGCUCAUCCGGAAGAUCGAAGCCUACAUGCAAGAUGACAGGAUCUGCUCGCCACCCUUCAUGGAGCUCACGAGCCUGUGCGGGGACGACACCAUGCAGCUGCUGGAGAAGAACGGCCUGGCCUUCCCCUUCAUUUGCAAAACCAGAGUGGCUCAUGGCACCAACUCCCACGAGAUGGCCAUCGUGUUCAACCAGGAGGGCUUGAGCGCCAUCCAGCCGCCCUGCGUGGUCCAGAAUUUCAUCAACCACAACGCUGUCCUGUACAAGGUGUUUGUAGUCGGCGAGUCCUACACCGUGGUCCAGAGACCCUCGCUCAAGAACUUCUCCGCGGGCACGUCAGGCUCCUCCCCAGGACCGUCUCUCGUGCCCCCCGCCUGGACUGGCUCUGGUCGGAGCGGCAGGACUGUCGGGCACACCGGGGCGGCAAGGGGCCUGCGUGCCCCGCUAGCGGGAAGGACGCCAGACCGUGAGUCCAUCUUCUUCAACAGCCACAACGUGUCGAAGCCAGAGUCGUCGUCGGUCCUGACCGCGCUGGACAAGAUCGAGGGCGUGUUCGAGCGGCCGAGCGACGAGGUCAUCCGGGCGCUGUCCCGGGCCCUGCGGCAGGCGCUGGGCGUGUCGCUCUUCGGGAUCGACAUCAUCAUCAACAACCAGACGGGGCAGCACGCGGUCAUCGACAUCAACGCCUUCCCGGGCUACGAGGGCGUGAGCGAGUUCUUCACCGACCUCCUGAACCACAUCGCCUCGGUGCUGCAGGGCCAGAGCGUGGCCGCGGCGGCCUCGGGGGACGUGGCCCCGCUGAAGCACAGCAAGCUCCUGGCAGAGCAGGCGGGUGGCCUGGCGGCUGAGCGGACGUGCAGCGCCAGCCCCGGCUGCUGCAGCAGCAUGAUGGGCCAGGAGCCGCCCUGGACGUCCGAGGCCGAUGUGGGCGGCAUGGGCGCGGGCAGCACCGCCAAGCUGCCGCACCAGAGACUCGGCUGCACCGCCGCCGUGUCGCCCAGCUUCCAGCAGCAUUGCGUGGCCUCGCUGGCCACCAAGGCCUCCUCCCAGUAGCCACGGAGCCCGGGACCCAGAGGGGCGGCGCACGGAGUUCACGCGCUGGGCAAGCAGCUCCUGACGGUGACGCUACUACUAAGAAUUCCCGACGAUCUGAUUCUUCUUCUUCCUUUUUUUUUUUUUUUUUAAUUUUUCACCUGAUUUUCUGAUGUCAUGAUCUAAAUGAGGGGUGGGGGUGGGGAUGGAAAGGCACCCCAAGCGGUCCAGCCUCGAGGAAAAGGGACAAUCCCGCCUGAUUCCUGCUGUGCAGAUCUCUCUUCACUGAGUUUACACACGCUUGUGUUUUCAACACUAGGUCUGAAUGUGAGGUGGGGCGUGCGUGUGUGGUUGCCGUGCGUGUGUGGUUGCCGUGCGUGUGUGAGUGCCUGUGCACGUCCACGUCUGUUUUUCUCAAUGGCUGCUGUGGACCAGGCCCUGGGGACCCCGGAAGAGGCUGUCCCUGGUCAGGCUGUUGGCAGCUGAGCAGAGCAAGCGAACGGUUCCCCGUCUCCCUCCUCUCCAAGCUCCCAGGCCCGGCCCAAAGCCCCAGGGUGCAGCUGCCCCUCCCAAAAGCGUGAGCCAGAGGCGACGUGAGGCCCCAGCUACCAAGUCCUUGGGGAUUCCAUGCCAGGAGCCUGGGCUGUGCUCCACCCCCUGGCUGCUCAUGGACAUGCAGGAGACGGCUUCCUGGACAAGGCCCCCGCCCUGGCUUGGCAGCCUCUCCAGCUCCCUGGAGUCCCCUGGGCCCAUCAACACCUGUCCCACACAGGCCGGCAGAGGGGCCUCCCUGACCAAGCCCUGCUGCUCCCUGGACCUGGGAGGAGGCUCCCUGCCUAGGAGCCUCUGGGCCGAUCCUGCCUGUGCCGAGGCUUUGUGCUGUGACUUUGGGCAGAUCAUUCCAGGGGUUGCUGGGCCGUCAAGACCAGAGAACUCCAGGGCAGGCUUGAGGCCCAGGUCCUGCAAUUCAGCCUGUUUCUCCGUGAAGUCAACCUGGAUGAGCCUCCCCUUGGCAUCGAGGCGGUUGGGAGCCCUCUUCCCAGGCAGGAGGAGGCUGCCCGUCGCUCCGCCCCUCCGUGUUCACUGCCAGCCCCAAGCACCAAGCCAGCCGGGUGCAAGGGGGCUGCAGCCCAGAGGGGAGAAGACACGUUACCCCAGCCCCCACUGGAGUCACUCUGACCCUUGAUGGCAGCAGACAGACCACCGGCUGACCAGCCGGAUCCCACGGUCCAGGCUGGCCGGCAGCCCCCUUUGCAGAGAAGGGGACCCGUGAGGGGCUUUGCCAGUCCUCGGACAGUGCGCCUCCCUGGCGGGAUGCAUAGGAUCCCCGAGCAUGGCCUGUGUCUUCAGCUUUCAGUUGACCCUGGGAAAGAGGAGUAGGCCUCUGGGCCGUCCGCCUGGUCCAGGGAGGAUGGGCCAUAAGAGGCAGCUGCGCUGGGCACUCGGAGGCACCUUCAGGCCUGGUCAGCAGGGACGCGGGGAUCACGCUGGGAAGGAGCGGCUGGUGUGAGAGGCGGACACCGUCGGCACUGCCCGGCUGUCCUAGAACCCGAGGGCCUGCCGACCACCGUGUUUACACGACUUGAGUGUUGAACCCCGAUUAUAAUGUCUGGACAUGGCCUUUCCCAGCCUAACCCGAACCCCGGGGAAGCGGGAAGGUGUGUGGCCAGCCUCUUGCACUGCUUUGUCUCCAAAAUAAACUACUGAAAUCAA